UUAUUCAAUCCCAGAAGGGGCAGGGGAAAGCUAAUUAGUGCCUUUGAGACCCUCUUAUUUAAAGGCUGAUCGCCUGAGCCAUUAACGUUUGGACUUCUUCGGAGUGGCAAAGGAAAGCCCGACUCAAGAAACUGCGGAAGCUCCUGCAACAGAUCAGAACUGAACACUUUGGAGAAUGGAACACACACCGUACACGUUCUUGGUGAUCCUUCUUUCCAUCAUUGACCAUGGCUUGGCGCAGACUUCGUGUGCAGUAGACUCUUUCACUGUGAAGGAAGAUUUUGACCUCAAAAGGUAUGCAGGCAAAUGGUAUGCCCUGGCCAAGAAAGACCCAGAAGGCCUGUUUCUACAAGAUAACAUUUCAGCCGAGUAUACGAUCGAUGAGGAUGGCACGAUGGUUGCAUCUUCCAAAGGCAGAGUGAAACUUUUUGGGUUUUGGGUGAUCUGCGCAGACAUGGCAGCCCAGUACUCCGUGCCUGAUCCCAGCAUACCAGCGAAAAUGUUCAUGAAUUAUCAAGGCCUGGCAAGUUAUUUGUCCAGUGGAGGAGACAACUACUGGGUGAUCGACACAGACUACGAUAACUAUGCCAUCACUUAUGCCUGCCGGACUCUGAAACAGGACGGCUCCUGCGAUGACGGCUACUCCCUUAUUUUCUCCCGCAAUCCUCAGGGUCUCCCCCUGGCCAUUCAGCGCCUUGUGCGUCAAAAGCAGGAAGAAAUCUGCAUGUCAGGCCAAUUUCAGCCAGUGCUACAAUCGGGAGCCUGUUGAAAGAAAGAAAGAAAGAAAGAAAGAAAGAAAGAAAGAAAGAAAGAAAGAAAGAAAGAAAGAAAGAAAGAAAGAAAGAAAGAAAUCACACCACUUCCAAUUCAGAGUUGAUCCAGAUUUCCAAUCUCUGCAUCUUCAAGUUGUUUCUCACUUCCAUAGUUUUAAUGUUUGUUCUCAAACAUUUCUUAAAUGCUGGGUUUUCAUUUUGUGCUUGGGUACAACACAAAAUUGUUAAAACUCUCUAAGAACAAUAUGGAUAUUUGUCAAUAAAUGUUUUUAAGUAAUCUUUUAAA